GGAGUAAGUAAUAUACAAAUAUUUCAACUAUCCUUCUCAACAACAAUUGAAUUCAAUACUCAAACGUCACUACCUAUAAUUUCCCUCAUUUUUUAUCAAUUCAUUUCCCCUACCAACGUGUAAUGGACUCGGUAAGCACCACAACCCCUCUGCUUCCAGAGAUAAGCCCGGAGGUCGCUGCCGGUGCUGACAAUUCCGAUUCAGACUCCGCCACCACUAUUCUUGUACUAAGCACCGUCGUGGCCGUCGCAGGUUCAUAUGUUUUUGGCUCUGCUGUGGGAUUUUCGUCGCCUGCGCAGCCAGGAAUUGUGGAUGAUCUUGGAUUAACAGUGGCAGAGUAUUCAUUGUUUGGGUCGAUAUUAACUAUUGGAGCUAUGGUAGGAGCACUAGUUAGUGGGAAGAUAGCAGAUCUCUUAGGAAGAAAAGGAGCAAUGGGAUUAGCAGAGCUGUUUACUGCUGUUGGAUGGCUUGCAAUAGCAUUUUCAAAGAAUGCUUGGUGGCUUGAUAUCGGGAGGGUGCUAACAGGAUUCGGAAUUGGAAUUCUUUCAUAUGUGGUACCUGUAUAUAUAGCAGAAAUCACACCUAAGGACCUCCGAGGAGGAUUUACUGCAGCUAAUCAGUUGUUAAUAUGUUGUGGCACUUCCAUAACAUAUCUUGUCGGUAACAUCCUCCCCUGGCGCCUCUUGGCUUUAACAGGAAUUAUUCCAUGCCUUGUACAGCUUAUAGGCCUUUUUUUCAUUCCAGAGUCUCCAAGAUGGCUGGCUAAGAUUGGUCGGUGGGAUGGGAGCAAAGCAUCUUUGGUAUGCCUCAGGGGAAAGAAUGCCAAUAUUUUUGACGAAGCAGCAGAAAUUAGAGAUCAUACAAGAACACCUGAGCAAGUCAAGGACUUUGGAUUGGUGGACUUGUUUCAAAGAAAAUAUGCUCACUCUCUCAUAGUCGGAGUAGGGUUGAUGGCACUGCAACAAUUUGGAGGGGUUAAUGCAAUUGCAUACUAUGCAAGUGCGAUAUUUUCAUCCGCAGGUUUUUCAUACAAAGUUGGAACAACUGCGAUGGCUAUUCUUCAGAUCCCAAUGACCAUCUUAGGAACUCUCUUAAUCGAUAAAUCUGGAAGACGACCACUGCUACUGGUUUCUGCCGCUGGAACUUGCUUGGGCUGCUUUUCUAUUGGAUUAUCAUUCUUGUUACAGGACUUUAAGCUUUGGGAUUUCAGUCCCUUUCUAGCACUUGGUGGCGUCUUGAUAUUCAAGGGAUCAUUUGCCUUAGGCAUGGGAGCUAUUCCUUGGGUCAUAAUGUCAGAGAUAUUUCCUAUACAUGCCAAGGGUUUAGCCGGUAGCCUGGUGAAUCUUGUUAACUGGUUCGGUUCUUGGAUUGUUACAUAUUCAUUCAACUUCGUAGCACAGUGGAGCUCUGCGGGCACUUUUUUCGUGUUUGCGAGUGUUUGUGGUCUGACAAUGGUGUUCAUCACAAAGCUGGUUCCAGAAACCAAGGGCAGAACACUAGAGGAAAUACAAGUAUCCAUCAUCUCAUAAUUGUUUUUACACGAUUGUAUUAAAGGAUAUGUUGAUCAUGAUAUUAAUGAAUUUACUAGUUGAAACUGA